AUGAGACAUCUCUGCAUCGUCAAGGGCAGCCUCUACGAGACCGUUCUGGCACCCGAGCUCGAGGACAAGAGAAGCCAUACUCCAGCCCUGCUCUCCGAACACUACAAGGAAGGCCACACCACAAGGCAAGAGUACUUUUACGAAGCGACUCUGGCAUUUGAGCUCAAGGACAAGGAGCAGAAUGGUAAAGGCAAAGCUGAGAGAACUCAUGCUGAGGCAGUCAAUGCUUCAGAAGAAGCACCUGUCUCUGUGCCACCAUGCAACGACAGCGAGAAAUCCGAGGCCAAGCUGGUCACAGAACUCAAUGUCGAUUACAGUGACAUCGGAGAUGAGAACAAUCUGUUCCAAAAUCCGUUUGGCAUUGAUGACAAUUGCGGCGAGGUAGAAACUGAGCCCAUUGUCAAAAUCUGGUCUUCGAGACGAAUGACUGGAUUCGGAGCUUGCGAAUAA